GCGGCGGCGGCGCGGGAGCGGCGGAGAGCGCGGAGAUGUCGGGGAGCCAGCCGCAGGGGGGACGAGGCGUGCCCUGCUUGCGCUGCAGAGGGCUGUGCACGGGCUUCGAGCCACACUCCUGGAGGAAGAUCUGCAAGUCGUGCAAGUGCAGCCAGGAGGAGCACGGCCUGAGCUCGGAGCUGGACGAUGACCGCAAGAUCGGGCGCCUGCUCUCGGACUCCCGGUACGCCUCGCUCACCGCGCGGCUCAAGGGCGGCGACGGCGCCCGCGUCUACAAGAGGAACCGCAUGAUCGUCACCAACCCCAACAUCUCGGGCAAGGACCCCACCUUCGACACCAUCACCUACGAGUGGGCUCCCCCCGGCCUCACCCAGAAGCUGGCCAUGCAGUACAUGGAGCUGGUCCCCAAGGAGCUGCAGCCGGUGGCGGGCACGGACGGUGCCGUCCAUCGCCGGCGGCGGCUGGCGCGGCAGCUCCCGCUGCACGACCAGGACCCGGCCCAGUGCCGCGGCCUCGCCGAGGGCGAGCAGCAGCUCAUGCAGGACUUCGUGAAGAGGUACAAGGCCGAGGCCCUGGGAGUCGGGGAGGUGGCGCUGCCGGGCCAGGGCGGCGGCGGGAAGGAGGAGGAGAAGCCCCAGGACAAGAGCAUCGACCCCGGCAGAGCCCCCGAGUCGCCCAACGGGGCCCUGGAGAGCACGGCCGGGCACUACCGCUGCGAGAGCUGCCAGCAGCCGGUGCCCGGGGACUGCCCCGUGGUGUACGCCGAGCGGGCUGGCUACGCCCGGCUCUGGCACCCCGCCUGCUUCGUCUGCUGCCGCUGCGCCGAGCCCCUCGUGGACCUCAUCUACUUCUGGAGCAGCGGGGCCGCCUGGUGCGGGCGCCACUACUGCGAGAGCCUCCGGCCCCGCUGCGCCGGCUGCGACGAGAUCAUCUUCUCGGAGGACUUCCAGCGGGUGGAAGGGCUGGCCUGGCACAACAAGCACUUUGCCUGCCUGGAGUGCGAGACGCUGCUGACGGGCAAACCCUUCACCCUGGCCAAGGGCAGCCUCCUGUGCAGCACCUGCAGCCAGAGCAGGGUCUGAGCUGGUCCCACGGCUCCCCAGGGUCCCACAGGACUGGGGGCGUUUGGAAAUACAGGAGAAGGGGAAGGUUAAAAAAUGGAAGAGUCUGAGUAUUCGCUUGCAAGCAACUGCCUGUGAGGAAAGUAUUUCCUGGGGGUCCUCUGGGAUCUGCCAGGAGCCCUCGUGCCCACGGGGGGGAGGUGCACGGUGUACCUGGCCAGGAGGAACUGGAAAGGACGGGUUGGGCUGGGCUGGUUUUUGUCAAGUCUGUCCAACCUUCUUAUGACUGAGAUCUUGCAACAGUCGUUUGGAAAUAACACAUCUCAACAGUAACUUCUGGCAUACUAAACCUGCAGUUGUGGUCAAAAA